UACAAUUUAGUCGCCUGUCGGACUCGAGUCGUCGGAGGUAUCCGAAACUUAAUUCGAAAACUCGAGCCCCUCCUUUGUCGGGAACGCGGGGCUCAUUACGUUCAAACGCGUAACCCCGUUGUACGCACGUUGUUCUUUUUAUCAAUGAACAAUCCCGUGGUCGCUCGUCGUGCGUUGAGAGCCACUGAAGUUUCGUAUAAUUUAUGCCAAGGCGGAGACGUGCGCUCUCCGUUGCCGUAGGUGUGUAAUGUGGUUCAAUUCGGAGGCAUCCUCGAUCGUGGUUCGGGGAUAUCUUCUGGGAUUCGCUCGUGAAAUCUAUGCUCGAGGCGGCGACAGCGGGGUAAACGACUUAUUAUUAACGUUACGAGUAGUAGAUCGCGAAGACGAUCCCGCAACGGGAGUGCCGGUGCAUAAGUGUUCUUCUAUUCCUAUUCAGUGAUCAAUGAACUCUGCGUUGCUGUAUGCUGGCCCGUGCUGCCACUGCGUUUUAUUAAACCGGCAGAUAUUCUAGGCCCCGCCUUUUUCCACCCAAACCUUAGCGUUCAUUUCUUCUACUCAAGCCUCGAUGCACACGACCGAUUUAUUAACGCAAUAUCAUGACAAUGUAAUAGGGAACUAUAAAUCAAAUUUUCCGCUAAAGAACAAGAUAAUAGGCGGUCAUUCUACAGUUUUAUAGUAGAUGACUAAAGAUGAAUGAUAUAGAAAGCAUAAGCAUGAAGGGUAGCGGAGGAUCUAAGAUGCCUCAUAGUCAUUCGACUCCAGCAGGUGUUGAUGGAGGCAGUAGAACUCCUCCUACGACACCUAGAAAAGCUGGAAAAAUGCUAGCUGUUCGUGUACAGAUGUUGGAUGAUACCAUUACAAUGUUUCAAGUUCAGGCGAAGGCUUUAGGUAGAGUGUUAUUUGAUCAAGUCUGUAAACAACUACAUCUUUUGGAAGCUGAUUAUUUUGGUUUGGAAUAUCAAGAACCUAAUGGAACGAAAUACUGGUUAGAUUUAGAAAAGCCAGUCUGCAGACAGGUCGGAUUAUCGUUAAUAGAUCCUCUGUUGAGAUUCUGCGUUAAAUUUUAUACACCCGAUCCAGCGCAAUUGGAAGAAGAGUUCACGAGAUAUUUAUUUUGCCUUCAAAUCAAACGGGACUUAGCUCAAGGUUUAUUACAGUGCAAUGAUAACACGGCAGCUCUGAUGGCCAGCUAUAUCGUUCAGGCCGAGUGUGGAGAUUAUGUGAUAGAAGAUUAUCCUGAUCAUACGUAUCUGUCGACUUACAAAUUUGUGCCUCACCAAGAUCAAGAAUUAGAGCGUCGCAUUAUGGAGAAUCAUAAAAAACACGCAGGUCAGUCGCCAGCGGAAGCGGAUUUAAAUUUGUUGGAAACGGCGCGACGCUGUGAACUUUACGGAAUGAAAAUGCAUCCAGCGAAAGAUCACGAGGGCGUGCCACUGAACUUGGCAGUGGCCCAUAUGGGGAUAGUAGUCUUUCAAAAUUACUCCAAGAUCAACACGUUUAGCUGGGCAAAGAUCAGGAAAAUCAGCUUCAAAAGAAAACGAUUUUUAAUCAAGCUUCAUCCGGAGGGUUACGGUUAUUACAAGGAUACUGUGGAAUUCUUUUUCGAGGGCCGCAACGAGUGUAAAAAUUUCUGGAAGAAAUGCGUAGAGAACCACGGAUUCUUCCGUUGCUCGGUAGUGAAACGAGUAGUGCGACAGAAAACGCGAGUUCUCAGUCGCGGCUCUUCGUUCAGGUACAGCGGAAAGACACAGAAGCAAAUCGUAGAAUUCGUACGGGACAAUUACGUGAAGAGGCAGACGUUUCAAAGGUCCAAUUCGUUCCGGCAGACUAGCGGUGGUAGGGCAUUGCAGGGCUUGGAGGGGGGAGGCUAUCGUGGGGCCACUCCAAGCAGCUCCCUUAUGGGCAGCUCCAGCAUCUCUGCCCACCCCCUCCUGCCCCUCGGCGAUCCUGCCCUGGAAACCCCAGCUCUGUCUCUAUCAUGCGGCUCGAUGACACUGGAUUCUCCGACGACUGUGACGAGUGUCUCGAUGGGAGGGACGAUUCACCGUCGCGAAGAUACAGCUACAUCGUUUCGGACUCUUACCUCCAUCGACGUCCAUUCGCCGGCCACACCCAGCCAGGUCCCAGCACCGCGGCCGAUGCUUGCUGUCAGCCAGCAGCGGAUUUCAUCAGCAGGUCGUAUCAGCCCCUCUAACAGCAGUCCCCCUGAAUUCCCACCACCGCGACCCAUGCCCAGACAUCCCUGGCAGCGAUCGGCCAGUUGCCGCGAACUAUACGCCUCUAGCUUCGAGGAUUCAGGGAAAACGCGAUCGAAAGACGAGAAACCUUCCUCCUCCGAUGAUCCUAUAUUGGAACCGUUCCGUUUACCAUCCCAGGGUGAGCUAGACAACCCCGUAACGCGCUACGACGAGAGCAAUCGUUCGUACAGCGCGGCGAGUUCGAAGCUACCCUCCCUCGAUCACGACUCUGUGCCCGAGCGCGUUUAUAGCAGCUCCUAUCCGGGCACGUCGUCGUUGUCCACCGAAUCCGGCCACGAGGAGUCCGGCCCGGCGGGAGAUCUAUCGCACGAUGAUCUCUCGCACGACUCGUACGAACUGUUGGAACGCGAGCACGAAUUUGAAUAUCCGGAAUCAUAUUCGAGUCCGCGCGACGACGAGGAAGACGAGAACGAACAAAUGACUGACCGUAGCGAUGAAGGAAUCGAGCACGAGAUGUUCCAAAUGGACUCGGAGACCGAUUCCUUCGUCAAGCACCGGUCGAUCAAGUCGUCGGACAAGCACCAGUUCAAAUCUGUGCUCGCGGAUCUGAAGAACGCUAGGACAAAGUCGAUCGAUCGGUACUCAGCCACGCCCGCGAAACCGGAACUCACUGGUGUCAGUGAUUACAUCACCGUUGAGUCUCGGAUACAACGUAGUAGUACGCAGAUCGAACGAAGGUUUGAGACGCGACAUUCUAAUUCUAUAGAACAACCGCAACAACAGAGCAAACUUUCUCUCCCCCAUCAGGAUUCAGGUAGGAAGGACCCGGUAGUGUUGCAAGUGCAAAAACAAAAGAUGUCCAUGCUCAACGAGUUGAAGAAUUUCAGACCGAAAUAUAAGAUCAGUCACGUUGACUCGGAAGUUUUGCGGGACGAGGGUAUAAUGCGUCCGAAGUCGCGGAUAGACGACGAUCUCAGUCCCGUCGAUUCCACCGGCAAAUCGAUCGCGGAUCAGAGGGCGAGAACGAUUAGGGCGCGAAGUAUAGCUAGCUUGGAUGAUCAUAUAUCGCGCGCGUACGUAGAGACUGGUAGCUUAGGUCGGAGUCACAAAGCCGUUAGCUCAUCAGGUAGGAAAUCGAGUAGGGAUAACGAUGCGAAACUGGAGAAAAUGUUGGCGAAGUUACAAGACAAGGAACGUAGGAGCAUGGAUCGGGAAGAGAGAAAGCGCAUUGAAAGAGAUCAUUCGAGGGAGUACAAGAGAACAGAGAAGAGCGAAGCGAGGGAGCGUCGGUCGAUCGAGCGGUUGGAUUCGCGAAGUCGACGAAGCAUUGAGCGAAUAGACAGCAGGGAAUUGCGAAGAAGCAUCGAGAGAUUGGAGGUAAGGGAAAGAAGUUAUGAGAGGCUGGACAAGGAGAGCUCGUCCCGUUCCCGGGACCCGUACGAAAUGCGCGGGAAGAGUGUAGACCGUUUGGACUCGCAAGGACUUCGCAGCAGCACGGAGUACCUGAACAGAAGUCCGAAGGAGAAAUCUGGCAAUCAUCGGCACGCGGAACGUCGGGAAAGAAGCAUGGAGCGGCUGGACUCGAGAGAGAAGAAGAGAAGUCCCGGUGGACGAAGUAGCACGAUGGAUUACAAUCAAAGGCACACAUUGGAGCGCUUCGAUUCGGGAAACAGAAGUCCGUUCGAAAAGAUUCCUGCGAGAGAACACCGUGGGAAGAGCGUUGAGAGAUUGGACUCGCAGGAAAGACCUACCUUCGAUUUCGAUCCUCUCACUAUCGAGCGGCUGAAAUCGUUGGAAAGAUAUAACAGCGUACCAAAGGAGAAGGGAUACGAUAGGAAGUCGGAGAGGAAGUCCGAGAGAAGGCACACGGAUCGACUGGAUUUGCGAGAUCGAAAAUACUUGGACAGAUACGAGUCGAGAGGAGAUGGAAGCCUCGAGUACAGCGAUCCAGAUGUCUUCGAGUGGGGAAAGAGCAGUGUAGAGAAGAUCGAGUACAAGGAACCGAAGAAAAAGGAGAAACGAACGGAAAGGGGGAAAUCGGAAGAUAAGCCACGCGAGAGGGAUGAUUGGAGGAGUUUAGAAAAAGCACGAAAAGACGAGGAGAAACGCGAGCGCGAACGUCAAACAAAACUGUCGAUAGAAUCGAGAACAGACACUGUGAUCGGAGUGCCCAUGGAGUUAGAAAAUUACAAGACGAAAACGAUGUUCACGGAGUACGAGCCCAAGAUCGUCGGAGGAGUCGUCUUGGGCUUCGACGACACCAUACCAGGUCACACGCCCGUGGAACGGACGAAGAGCGAUCCUAAUCCUGCGCGACAAAGAUUAGGUUCGAAUAGUAAACGACACAUAUUGAUGCAUCAGAAAUCGAUCGAUUUGACGCCGGCCGAUUCUGGGGACGAGGACGCGUUAUCGGACAGCGCGGCCAUGCAAAAGACGAAUAUCGAAAUACCAUAUACGUUACACAAGCGACACGUUAUGAACGGAACCGCCUCUGACGAGAAGUCUGAGUCCGACAGCAGUAAGACUGUUUCGAAGAAGACGGCUACGACGGUUGCUAGGGAUCUUCCUAAGUUGCCUUUGAAGAUGAUCACGGACAUCGCGUCAUUCGAUCUUUCGAAACUUUCGUCGAUAGACAAACCCAGCAGCAAGCUAUCACCGGAUAAACCAAAGAGCGCUACGAUCAUACCUGCGAAGCCCAAGUCCAUUCUCUCGAGCCCGUCCGACAGCAAGCCGAAAAGCAUACUGAGUCCUACUUCAAAGUUGUCACCGACCGAUGCGAAGAACGUGGUUUCCAGUUUUUCACCAACAAACAGAAGUCCAUCCAAGGUGAGUUCGAAAGCACCGUCGCCCGACAAGAAAUCUCUCAAGUCCGGUUCCUUGGACAAGAAGUCCAGUUUAGAUAAGAAGCUGUCACCGAAGUUGUCACCGGUCGAACCGAACGUCACCAUCGUCUCGUCGAUCGAGAAAAGAUCGCCGAAAUUGUCACCAACAGACCCGAGCGUGACGAUCGUCUCCGUGAUACAAAAGAAGAAAUCACCAUCAGAGCCGAAGAGUCAGAGAUCCCUGGAGUCGAAGACAAAGCCAAUGAAUUUCGCCGAUGUGGUCGGAAUGGAGAUGAAGCAGAAGUUAGAACGGAAAGCUAAGUCCGAGAGUGUGGAGAAAGAUAGUCUCAAAGCGCCAGAUGAUGGUUUAGAAAAGCAGGAUAGCAUCGAGAAGAUUCCUUUACCGGAAAUUCCUAAACCGUUCGCGUCCACGGAGGAACUUGUGGAUGAUUCUCCUCGAAAGCUAUCCGAAACCGUGGUUGUGGAACAAAAACAGGAGCAAGAAGUAGCGAAGGAAAUUUCGACGACAAGGGAGAAACCCAAAGUUCCUGAAAAACCGAAGACUCUGGAAAAACCCAGCAUACCAGAGAAGACGAAACGUAUCUUGGAGAAGAUUGAGAUGAAAUUCUCCGAAGCGAAGGUCACGAAACCAAAAAUCAUCGACACCGGAUUCGACGAUUUCGUGGAGCCAGUCGCUGACCUGCCCUUGGACGAGAUUCCAGUGAAACCGGCAUUGGAGUUGGACAGUUUGAAAGUUCCAGAAUUCGUUCCUUUCAUGUCGAGGCCUCACGGCGAACCUCUUCGCUCGAAGUCGCUGUCUCUGGCCGAAGAGAAAGCACCUAUCGACACGCUGCUGUCACCAGAGAUGGAGAACAAACACUUUGUUCCGGACGUGUCACCGAAAAGAGCGAAGAAAGCUAAGCCGGAGCCGAAAAAAGAUUUCAAAAAACAAUCCAAAUCUUUGGAGGGAGACAAACCACCACCGUUGAAGAAGACGUCAUCGAAGGAGUCCCGGGCACCAACUCCUAGUUCGAAGAUAGACAAAUCCAAAUUGAAACUUGGCGAGAUGCCACAAGAGAUCAUCAUCAUUGACUCGACGGAUGUCGCACCAGAAGUGAGCAUCGUACAGAAGGGCAGAUCCAAGUCUGUGACUCGUUUACCCGAAAAAGCGUACUCUGCUUCGAAAGAGGAAGAGAGUAAAGAGACCAAGGGAAGAGCGAAGUCUGCCUCGGUCGACGAAGAGCUGAUCAAACUUGCCGCGAAGUCUGAGAAAUCAAGACCAAAGUCCUUGGGUAUUUCGAAGAGCUUAGGCAGCACCGAGCGAAAGGACUCCGCAGAGAAGAUAUCGCCGAAGAGGACCGUCGUGAAAUCUGGAUCGAAAUCCGAGCUGAGGUCGCCGACGUCGUUGAAGGAACUAGUGCCCAAAGUACAGGAAGCGGCCAAAGCAUCUCGCACGGGCGUCGAAUCGAAAAUGGAAACAGAGACUGAGAAGCAGUCAUUGGAAAAAAUGAUCACGCGUGAAAUUAGCGAUGCAAAAGCAACGGAAGAACGUCUGUCGGAGAAGAGAAGCUCCCUUCCUCAAGAUUUGGCACAGUCUCCGAUGACGGACAAGAAACCGAUGGCUGGACCGUCACCAGUGCUCUUUGCUCGCGCGCGCUUAGGUCUCUCAGAAGGAAGUGGAAUCGGCGCGUUACAAAGGCAAGGUGCAACGCAGUCUCCUACAUCUCAGAGGCGAGCAAAAUCAUUGGACGCGCCUGUUAUAGCAGUGCACAAACUCCCACCGGCGAAUGCUUUCUCAAGCAAGGAUGACACCGUUGACGUAUCGGAGACCGCUGAAGAACAAGAGGCUCGUGAAAAAGAAGCCGUGGCUUUGGAAGUAGGUCCUAGCGCUUUCUUGGUUCCAGUGAAACCGCAAUCGAUACAGAUAGAAGCUUCGCCUAACCACAGAUCCGAUAGCACCGAUCAUACCACCGUGCCAGAAAUAUUUACGGAUUCGUUAUCGGUCACGGAGACCUCCGCUCAGUAUUUGGAAUCGCCGUUAACCGAGUGCAACGAGAUCACGGCGAGUGCGGAGCUGAUUCCUUACGAGAGGGACGCGCCCAGGUUGGAUGCAGUGAACGGCGUGGAACCGAAGACGAUGCUGGACGCGUUGAAGAGGGAUGAAAAAACGAAAUUCAUCGAUCAGAGCUCGGUAGAGUCUGGUGAUCAAGAAAUCGGUUUCGACAAAGUCGUCAGAGCGGAGAAAAUCGAUCUAUUGAGCGUAUCGAAAACUAUUGAGGGAUCCGUGAUUCCAAGAUCGACCGUCACGGUCGAGACUAUGUCACCGACUAAAGAAAGGAUACCAACCACCGUAGUCACUCCCAGCGAGCCUAUAAUGAAGCCGUGCGAAGUUGAGAUUCGCGCGGAAUCUGCUGAAGUAGAAGAAACGGAACCGCGAAUAUCAUUGCAGCAGGACGAUUCAAUUGUCGAGAAGAGACAGGAGAGAGAUGAUCUUCCAGAUGUCACGAUUACCAAGGUACCUACGCGAGAGGACAAGGAAACGAGAGUGCUAUCUCCGAGAUCGAUCGACUUCGAUGAUCAGGACAUGAUCAAAUCUCCGAUUCAAAUUUCUAUUGAAGAAUGCUCUGACGACGACGCCGACGGCGAAGAUGAAGAGGAAGAGAUGGUUCCCAGCGAGGAGGAUCAAGAAGACGUCGAUCAGGGGCCGCAGGAACACGAGGGCGAGGAUAAUCGGCCAUUAGAUUCCGCUGAUACGAGCGAGGACACGUUGGACGCUUUGGAUACACAGGUACACAUGCGUGGUAUCGACAGUGAAUUGAGUUCACCGGAUUAUGGAGUUGAUAAGAUGGACGAGAAGACCUUGGUCGAAGUUGAGCUGACGCCAGAGUAUUUGGAGAUGAGAAGAGAAGAUGAAGAAGGAGCAGAGGAACUACCGAAAGACGAGGAUGACGGACUUACGAAGGAAACCACGAAAGGUUCACCUGGCGAUGAUGGAACGAGUUCAGCGAGUCGCUUGUCUAUUGAAAAGAUGCUUCGUUUGAGCAGCGAACGAUCCAGGAGCGAGGAGACCAGCACCUGGACGCCGGACCGCGAGGAUCCCGAGUCUAGUUCCUGUUCCAUAGCUCGUCCCUUGGGUAUCGGUCAAAUUCAGCCUAUAGUGGAUCGUCGAGAGAUCGCGAUGAUAAAAGAAGCGCGCGGCACGGGUUCUUUGGAAGAUGAAAAUAGUAGCGGUUCCCAACCGGGACACAGGCCCGAAAUGAGUUCUACUUGGAAAUCUUUCCCGUUGGAAAGCUCCGGAAGCUCUAGUAUCGAAGAUGGAUGGCCGGGUCAGGACGACAACAACGCGGUCCAAUCUCAAUCCGAAGAUAGCAAUGGACAGAACGAAGAUAGCUUCCAGGAAGAUCUGAUCGAUUAUCCUAGAAGUUUUGUUCCCAUCGGGCCUGAUAUACUGACCAGUUGCGGAACCUUCGCUCUGACCAGGACCCUGUCGAGGAUAUCUGAGAGGUCUACCACGUCGGAACAGGACAAGAGCGAUUUAGAAGAUUCGUUCAAGCCCAGCUCGAGGUCUCCGAGUUUAGACGACGAGUCGUUGAUAUCCAGCGACCAUCAACUCUCAUUAUCGUCCGAUCCACCGUCCGGUACGCCGCUUCCUUCCAUUUCCGAUGACCGGCGGACGUCGUCCGAGUUACCCGAUAUUCCUAUAGACAUGAUGUCCACCGUUCAAGAAGAGGAAAGGUCUCCUAAAUCGAUCAAGGCGAAACUCCAAGAACAAGGUUCGGAGGAGUGGCCUUCGCCUCCUAGCUCGCCAGUGUUCGAGUCUCACGUUGUCAGACACGUGGAGACAGUUUAUUCGGAGAUCAGGCGAGAGGAGGCUGUGAAAGUAACUGUGACAGAUAGCACAGAAACACCAGGUAAAGUGGAUCAAGACAGCGACUCCAGCGACGAGAAUCGAACCCUGCAUGACGACCUUCACUCCACACUUCUCGAAGACGGACACAGUUCUACCUCUGCAACCACCGUCGACGGCACCGUGAAGAUAGUUGUGAAACCGAAAUCGAAUUCACACGUGACCGGAUCGUCUCAUAGCGAAGACACCUCGAUGGGUCUGUCGAUGUCCGAAUGGUCCAGCUCGAACAACACAGUCCGGCAGUUCUGUCAAUAUUCCGGUACCAAGUCCGAUGACAAUUCCCUGGCAGAGUUAGGUGCUUCAAUUUCUGAUUGGUCCGGCAGCACGACUGUGAUACCGCAGCAGCAUUAUUCGCCGAUGACCGUGGAGAAGAGCCAAAGCGACACGACGACCUCGGACAAGAGCGUGACCAGUAUGAGGCCGAAUUCCAAGUGCAAGAAAUCUACGGAUGGAUCCCCGGUGACUUCACCAUCGCCACCGCUGCCACCGCCUCCUAUUUCGCCUCCUCUCACGCCUCCACCUACGGCGCCCAUGGACAGGCGUUCCCCGUUCGACGACGAAGAUCUUCCGCGAUCUCCAACGGGAAGGAGGAGUUCCAGAGACGAGCAGCUGGACGAAGCUAGAAGAUUUAUCGAAAGCCAAUUCGACGAACAACGGAGACUAUCUUCUCGACGAUACGAAGAAGACGUUUCACGGGAACGAUCACCCACUGGAAGGAGCUCCAGGGAAGAGCAACUGGACGAAGCCAGAAGAUUUAUCGAGAGUCAGUUCGAUGAACAGCGUCGGCUGUCGUUGCGACGUGAUGACGAAGAUCGGCAACCGGAGGCGAGGUCGUACGGGGGCAUUUCCCCACCUCGGAUAACUCUGCGGAAUGAGUUCGACGAGGCGAUCGACGACGAGUUCAGACUGAUGUCCGACGACGGUGAUGCGCCGCUACCGAUUCUCGAGGAGGAAGAAGAACUGGAGCACGAUGUGGCGUUGCGUGAAGCGGAAGAAGAGGAUCGUCUUUACGACAACGUCCCUGCGAUGAAGUAUUCCAGUGGUGAUCAGAUAAGGAUGGAAGUCGGCCGCGGAGACAGUUCGGAGGAUAUGCACGAAAAGUAUGCGGAUUUAGCUCUGGGUCCGCGUCCAGGAGACGACGACUGGUCGUUCGAGGAGGAGAGCGCACAGAAGGGGAAAAAGUCGAGCAGGUCUUCGAAAUUUGAUCGGGGUUUCUCGGAGCCAACAGAUUCAGGCAGGUACGAAACGAGGUCGACCGAGAGGCCAGUACUGGUUCCCAUCCGAGCAAAAUCCACGCCAUAUUACUCGACAACGAGUCUCAGCGGCGAGUCGACCACAUCUAGUCCGCCCAUGCCGAUCAGGACGCAGAUUCGAACGAAAACGAUGCCUUACUCGUCAACCAGGAGUCCACAGAGCGAAGGCGACACUUCCUCGAGCAUGGACAGUCCUGUUCACACGCCGAUUCACGGUUCCCAAGUCGCAGUACGCAGAAGACGGCGGGAGAACCUGAAGAGGCGGCACCGAGUGGUGGUCGAUCUCGAGGCGAAAGACAACCAAGUUGUUUCGAGCACCGAUUCUAGCUUCGAUGUGGCCACCAUCCCGCCGCCUUUGCUCGCCUCCGAUCGUCCUAGCGCCGAUAUCGACGACGAUGACGUCGACGAUGACGAUUAUUCGGAGGCGAAGAACGAACAACACAAUCGACGACAACAUCGUUGACGGGAUCACCGUUAAGAGAUCUAAUUCUCCUGCGUCGUUCUCGAUGUCUUGUUGCGUUUUGGGUCAUGACGAGAAGGAACAACGUCGUGAUGACGAAACGCAACGGGAGUGUGACGGGAAUUAUAAAAUGAUCUGGAUCGAUCUCGGUCGGUGACGAGAGACCAGAAGUUAUUACGUGCAAAACAAUCUAGUCUAAAGGAGGAAGGAAUUGAAUGGAGAAUACGUCUUGACGACGAAGAAACCGAGGAUCUGUGCGAAAGGAAUUAAUAGAGAAGUGUUCGGUUUGAUUAUAGAAGAUAUCGCGCAAACAUUCUAGUCAUUAUAGUCUAAAGUAAAGGAGGGACGAGUUCGUCUCGAUGACGAACAAACCGAGAAUCGAACGAUGCCUGUGCGAAAGGAAUUAUCGACUAGGUGAUCUGGAUCGAUAUCGGUCGUUAACGUGAGAUCAAAAAUAUCGUGCAAACAAUCUAGUCUAAACCUAUCGCAGUGUAAGAGUAAUUAGUACGUUUGUUACACGUUUUAGAAAUUCAAUUUAAUUUGAUACGAUAUAUCGUCGUUACCGCGUGGGAGCUUUUUUCCGAGAUUCAUAAGAAGAGAUUGAAAGAUGAAGCAGAAUUUUUAAUUCCAUCGUAUGUACUUAAUCGCGUCCUGCCGUGUGUUCGGAAACACAGGUGAGAUGAAGCUAAACCUAUUAACGAUAAUUAAUUAGUCUAGGAAAUAAUACGAUAUACGGUAAGAGUCAGCGAAGGAUGAUACGUGUUAACUCGUCCCGAUUAACUCCUCGAUGCAGUUUCGUAGCAUCGCGUCGUGUUAUAAAUUACGGUGAUCAGCCUGUUUCGAGAUAUUCUCGAACUUGUAACUCAUCGAACGAAUUAAGUGGGCAAUGUAUGAUACUGCGUACGUAUGAACGAUUGUGUACGGUUGUCGAGGAGUUAAUUGGGAUCGUCGCGGCGCGGAUUUUAUUUCCGUUCGUAAGAAUUCUCGUGGGGAACGGACGUAGUUUGGAUGAAGGGGAACGAGGUAUAAAAGAGACGCGGUGUCGACGAUGCUGAAAAAAGCAUACGAAAGAACGACAAUCAUUGUUGGAUAACGAAAGCAUCGUUAAAGAGAAAGGGCAAAGGGAAGGAUCGGAACCGGUGGAAUUGGUCAGUUUUUGUUCCGAAAUCGAAUCUUCGAUCGGUAGUUUAGUUUGUGUCUCGUUUUAGGACGGAGGACAAGUUGCUCAACGUAGAUACUUAUAAAAGAUGUUUAUCGCGUAAUUUCGUUGAUACGUAUAUUAUUGUAUAUCGAAUUGCGAUUCACGCGAAUGAUUAUAUUGAAGGAAAAACGCGCAAAGAUUCCGUGACUGGUCGAUUAACGUCUCCAUUAUCUUAAAGUUAAUAAAAAUUGAAACGCGUCUCCCGUUCAAGUUUCUUUCGCGAAACGAAGAUCUCGCAGUGUCUAGCUCGAUGAAGGUUUAUCGGUAAACGGUGCAAGGGCCAAGGCCGGCCUUCGUGACGAAGGUUACGGUCGUUGAAAUUCUCUUUUGAUGUCAAUUAUAAUAACGUCGCGUCGAUGAAAGUGCUCGCUUACGUCGUUCAACGUUUAAAAAUAUCGGGCGGACCUUGAGCAUCAAUCGUCGUUUAAUUGUAUGUGUUCCGUCGUAUAAUAAGAGUCGCGCUUACGAUUAGGAGAUGGAUAUACGUGACUGAACGAAACGAACUCCGAUAGAAGAGGCAGGCAACUGAGAAUUCCAUUGAUUUCGAUGAGUCUGUUUUAAACGCGUGGAUAUAUUCUUUUCGGAUAAUGAACGGAAACGUCGAUAGACGAAAUUUUGUUCAACGAGUACACGUGUAACGAGAUAUCUCGUUAGCUUAUUAGCGAGCUCGAUAUUCCCAGUACACGCGAGUAAUACGGACGAGAGUAGCCGGAUCGGCCGAUGCUAAAUUUACGUUGAACGAUCAAUAAAUAAUAUAUGACGGAACUCGUUGGAGAAAAAGAGUGUUGCAUGCCGGCUUAACGCGUAACGUUACGUCGAGCGUAAGGCGACUACGUAAAAAUAAUAUCUUUGCUCAUCUCGUUCGCGAUUAAAUAUUCCACUCGACUCGUAUGUAAAAAAAAAAAAAGAACUCGUGUGGGUUACGUCUACGCGGUUUUUUAACAAAAUUAAUUGAUUUUCAAUUAAUCGGCCUGUGUACUGAGUUAUUUAUUUAUUUUUUUCAAUUCGUUCCGAGACGAACUCGAAAGCAAUAAUAUUUUAAUUAGUAGGAAGACGUUUAUUGUUGACGGAAGCAAGGCUAGUGCACUUCUAAACGUUUUCGCGUGAGAGGGGAAACACGGAGGGGAGCCGUGUUCGUUGCAACGAGAACACGAUUAACCGAAUCUCUUGAAAUUUUUACUCGCACCACUACAAUUAAGCUGCGAAUGUCUACGAUAAAUUCAUAAUUUUAUAGAUUCAACGGAAUAUCUGUGUACAAAUUUGUUUCACCCUCUGUGUGUCGCGAUAUAUAUUCACGUACAUUGGAUACUUGGUGUAUUUUUCUGCAUCGAAAUUGUCCAUGAACGCGUGAAUGUCCGCAAUCGAAUUACUCAGUCGUUUGAAUGAGGAAAAAGAUGUUGGAGGAUAAACAGUGGUGGCGGGGAAGCCGAGCUUAGAUAAUCUGAAUCGUUCUGUGAUUCGUCGCGAGAUGAGAAACGCGAGAAACGGGAGGGUGUACAUAAAAUAAUCGGAUUAUCGGAUGGGCAUAAGAACGUUUCGCGAAACACGAAUGUUUCGAAGAAGUAUAUCGUCCAACCGACCGAAGGGCGAUCGUUGAUAAUCAUAGUUAUCGUUGAACGAAGUCGUUAAUCACCACCGUGACCAUCAAUCGCUAUUCCAUUAAUCAUUGUUACGCUAUUAUCGCUACAUUUAAUUGAUUAAAAGAAGAAACGAAAGGUUAAUUGUUACUAUCGUAGAGGGCAGUGAAGAUUAUACGAAGAAAUUAAUUACGUAUCGAGAACUAUAAUUAAUCCUGGAACGGCAUAGUUUUCUAAUUGUCUCUGGACUCGUUGAGAAAAGGCGGCAGCGACUGUGACCUUCGGUUGCUAAAGGAAAAUCAAAGUAUAAGAAUAAAUACGCUAAUAAAACAUAGAUAGAAUUAUAAUUCGACGGUGUGGACUGUGUCGUUCCCGGAUUGAAAGGAAAUAAGAUACGAAAUUCGCAGGCAACUGGCUGAGUGCCGAUCACGAUGGCGAGGCAUACGUUUAAUUUAGACGCCGUUCGUUUUUAAACAUUGCGGUAGAUCGACGACGAACUCUGCGAAACGCUCUAUCGAACAGUUUCCUUUUCGAAAGCGGUUUCCUCCGAACGCAGUUUGUCGCCGAGAGAAAAAACGAUCCUCGAUAGCGCACGCCAGAUUAUAAGUAAUAGCCGAACGGCUCGAUGAGCUAUUCCAACAGUCUAGAGAAAACGCGGCAGUUGCGCGAGUCGUAAACAGAGUUUUUGGAUAUUUGUUCCUUCUUGCAUGCAAAUCUAUUCAGUAAUGUACUCGUGGAAUCAUUGCUGUUCGAUCUCUGAUGUUUAUAGAACACUAGAUAGUGGAUUGGUAUGGUCUGAAAUAGUCUGUGGUAUCCAUCUCUCUGACAUACACCGACACCGAUUUCACUAAUACAUAUUUGCGGUUCUCCCUAUUUCCCAUAGCUCGUGAGAAACGAAACACGUCACAUCCAUACCAUUUUAUCACUCUAUACGUUAUCGCUCUCGAGCUCCAUCCAGCUCCGGCUCAUUAUACGGAGAGCUGAGAAACGUAAAACUUAAAUGAUCCAUAACUUUUUA